CGAUUUGUUUGUGUUGAAUACGUGAUAAAAUUUAUUAAUUCAUAAAAUUUAUCGAACUAAAUAAAUAAAAUUAUUCAAAGAUGGGUGUCCCAGCUUUUUUCCGAUGGCUCAGUCGUAAAUAUCCAAGUGUAAUUGUAGAGUGUAUUGAACAGAAGCCAACCGACGUAGAUGGUCAGCUUGUGUAUGUGGACUCUUCUCUCCCAAACCCCAAUGGGGUGGAGUUUGACAACUUGUAUUUGGACAUGAACGGGAUCAUCCACCCGUGCACUCAUCCGGAAGACAAGCCACCGCCCAAAGACGAGGAUGAGAUGAUGGUUGCUAUCUUUGAAUGCAUCGACAGACUGUUUCGUAUUGUCAGGCCUAGAAAGCUGCUCUAUAUGGCCAUUGAUGGUGUGGCACCAAGAGCAAAAAUGAACCAGCAGCGAUCACGUCGCUUCAGAGCGUCCAAGGAAACUCAGGAGAAGAUAGAUGAGAUAGCUCGUAUCAGGUCGGAGCUUCUCACCAAGGGUGCUUACUUGCCCCCUGAGAGGCCCAAGGAAGCUCACUUUGACUCAAAUUGUAUCACGCCAGGGACACCAUUUAUGGAUCGCCUCAGUAAAUGUCUGCAUUACUACAUACAUGACAGAUUAAAUAAUGAUCCUGGGUGGAAGGGCAUCAAGGUGAUUCUGUCUGAUGCAAAUGUACCUGGAGAAGGAGAACACAAAAUCAUGGACUACAUUCGCAGACAAAGAGCACAACCGGACCACGAUCCCAACACUCAGCACGUGCUAUGCGGUGCUGACGCUGACCUCAUAAUGUUGGGGCUGGCGACGCACGAGCCCAACUUCACCAUCAUACGUGAGGAGUUCAAGCCGAAUAAGCCGCGCCCGUGUGACGUGUGCGGACAACUGGGUCACGAAAUGAAGGAAUGCACAGGCAGCACUCCGGACGCGUCCCUGGUCCGUUCUGACCCGGCCUUCGGUAACCAGGACAACUUUAUCUUCGUUCGCCUGAGCGUCCUGAGGGAAUACUUGGAGAGGGAGCUGCAGAUGCACAACCUGCCGUUCGCCUACGACUUCGAGAGAGCUCUCGACGACUGGGUGUUUAUGUGCUUCUUCGUGGGCAAUGACUUUUUGCCUCAUCUGCCGAGCUUGGAGAUUAGAGAGGGCGCUGUAGAUAGGCUGGUGAAUUUGUAUAAGAAAUGCGUUUAUAAGACUGGGGGUUGGAUAACAGAUUCGGGCGAUGUUCGCCUGGACCGCGUGCAGAUGAUAAUGACAGAACUCGGCCACGUGGAGGACGAGAUCUUCCGCCGUAGACACCAGAAUGAAUUAAACUUCAAGGCGAGAGACAAAGCCAAGAAACGACAGCAGCAGAGAGUCAACUUCGAAAUGCUGGAGAAGACGCAGUUCGCUCCCAAGGCGCUGGGUGAAGUUGCGACAGUGGAGAAUGCAAGGAAAGAGGCAGCUGAAAUCCGACGAGCCGGCAUGCAAUUCGUGGCCGAGCUGGGGCAAGCAGACAGGCGCGGCAAGAAGCGGUCGGCAGCGGAAGCCCAGUUAGAUUCUGAUGAUGAUGAUGACAAACACGACGAAGUACGCCUGUGGGAGGAGGGCUUCAAGGAGCGAUACUACGAGAGCAAGUUUGAAGUCUCCAGCGACAAUAUGGAGUUCAGAUAUCGCGUAGCGCUCCAAUACGUGCGCGGGCUUUGCUGGGUGCUUCGCUACUACUACCAGGGCUGUGCCAGCUGGAAAUGGUACUUCCCCUACCACUACGCGCCCUUCGCGUCAGACUUCGUCAACAUCACCGGCCUCAACACCAAGUUCGAACUCGGCACACAGCCUUUCCGUCCACUGGAGCAACUGAUGGGCGUGUUCCCGGCAGCCAGCGCCCAACAUGUGCCCAAACCUUGGGCCACCCUCAUGAGUGACCCGUUUUCGCCUAUCAUCGACUUCUACCCAACGGACUUCAAGAUUGACCUGAACGGCAAGAAGUUCGCGUGGCAGGGCGUCGCUCUACUGCCCUUCGUCGAUGAGACGCGACUAUUUAAGGCUCUGGAGCCCUAUUACAAGGAACUCACGCAAGCCGAGAUACAACGCAACAUCCGCGGCCUCGACCGUCUUUACGUCUGUACGGGCAACAAGAGUUACGAAUUCCUACUCGGACUAUAUGAAGCGGCGGGAGACGAACUGCGGAGACUCAUAGACGCCGACCAGCGGUACCCGUUCCGCAGCGAGGGGGUGAGGGGGGAUGUGAUGCUGAGCAGGGACCACGUCGUCAUAGGCGGCCAACUGGCGUCGCCGGUGAUAGGCCUGGCCCCAGUGAUCGGCAACCGGGCCGUAUGCGUCCGCUUCCAGGACCCUCAGUACCCCGAGGACUUCAUAUUCCCAGCUCGAAGGCUGUUGAGGGCAGUGGAACCGCCCAGGAUCUUGAAACCUGGCAAUCUGUCACACGAGGAGAAUAGGAACUGGAGGCCGCAGAUUGGCAUGGUGCGUUCUCACACGAAGGCCAGCUUAGAAGAGGCUGGGCACCGAAUGCUGGGCCAUCACAUACCCCGCGACCGUGCCUACACAAGCGUGCCACCGAUGCCGACAGAACAACGGCACAAUCGGUCACAUUCCCACGGACCACAUCGUAGCGGCUACGUACCGUACCAGAACCAAGGCUACAACAACCAGAGUCGAGGCUACGAUCAGAGCCAAGGCUACAACCAGACGCAAAGCUACAACCGCUCCGGUUACGGCAACCAAGACGGCUACAGUGGCGGCAACCAAGGCUACGGCCAAGGGCGGUACAACAGCAGCCAGGGACAAGGUUACGGUGGUUAUCAACAGAACAGGCACAACCAGUCGGGUUCUGGUUACGGUUCCAACCAACAAGGCAGGUAUAACAGCAACCGAGGGGGCUCGCAAUCCGGAUCACACUCGUCUCCAAACAGGAGGUAUCAAAGUAGUCAGGGCGGGACCUGGCGCUGAUUAUAGUUUUAAAUAUCAAGUAAAACUAGACAGGUAACUAGAAAAGAGAGAAAAUAUAAUUAUAGAGAAAAAAAAACGAUGAAUCGAUAGAACACAGUUAAUGUAAAGAAAAUAUAGCUAGAAAAAAUUCCACGCGGACC